GGAGCAUGGAAGCAUUCACAGGUUUUUACUCUCAGAGGUGCGUAUAUCAGAUCCCUCGUAUGUGUGUGAGCUGUGUUGACUACCAUUACUCAUUUUCCCUUGUUCUCAAUUAUGUCUGAGAAGAUGGCUCUGCAGAUCCCCAGAGGCCUUUGGACAGCAGCUGUGAUGGUCAUGCUGAUGCUGCUGAGCAUCCCGAAGGCUGAGGGCAGAGACUCUCCACAGGAUUUCGUGGUCCAGGAUAAGUUCCUGUGCUACUUCACCAACGGGACGGAGCGGGUGCGGCUUGUGCACAGAGACAUCUAUAACCGGGAGGAGAUCGCGCGCUUCGACAGCGACGUGGGGAACUACGUGGCGCUGACGCCGCUGGGGCGGCCGGACGCCGAGUACUGGAACAGCCAGAAGGACAUCCUGGAGGAGAAGCGGGCCUAUGUGGACACGGUGUGCAGACACAACUACCGGAUUGAGGAGCGCUUCACGGUGCAGCGGCGAGUGGAGCCUGAAGUGACCAUCUCUCUGGCCAAGACAGAGACCCUAAACCACCACAACCUGCUGAUCUGCUCAGUGACAGAUUUCUAUCCAGGCCAAGUCAAAGUCCGGUGGUUUCGGAAUGACCAGGAGGAAACAGCUGGCGUUGUGUCCACUCCCCUUAUUAGGAAUGGGGACUGGACCUUCCAGAUCCUUGUGAUGCUGGAAAUGACUCCCCAGCGUGGAGAUGUCUACACCUGCCGUGUAGAGCACCCCAGCCUCCGGAGCCCCAUCACAGUGGAGUGGCGCGCGCAGUCUGAAUCUGCCCAGAGCAAGAUGCUGAGUGGUGUCGGAGGCUUUGUGCUGGGGCUGAUCUUCCUUGGGCUGGGCCUUAUCAUCCAUCAUAGGAACCAGAAAGGACCUCAUGGAACUCCACCAACAGGGCUCCUGCACUGACUCCUGAGGAUAUUUUGACUGGGAUUGCUUCUUGUUCUUCUGUAAUGUCUGCCUCAUCAUUGCUCAGAGUCCUAGCCGCCUGAGUCUGCCUGGUCCCCCUAGGAGAUCUGAGUCCUUCAGUGGUUCUGGCACAGCUGCCAGGUCACCUCCUAUGACCCUUGCCCCAGGGACCUUGCUGUGUGCACUGACCCAGGAGCCUCUGCCCUGUGUGCUGCCAGCUACAUCUCUGCAGACCCCAUGGACUUUUCUGUUUCUGUUCCCCCCACAGACGGCUCAAGAGAUACACAGUGAACCCAUUUAACCCAUUAAGCUUUUUUCACAAUUAAACAUAAUUAUGAAUUA